AUAGAAAGAAAGAAGUUGUACGUAUUACUAUAUAAAUCACCUAUUGGUUUUAAUAUUGAACUAAAGUCUGUGCAUACAUAAUAAAAUGUCUGAACAAACCACUGUCUGCUUGAACGAGCCCCAGAUUAAAACUGAACCCUUGGAAUAUUCUGUAGAAGACUCUGAAUUCGAAAUAGUUGGUGUAAAGGAAGAGUCAGAUGACUUUGAUAGUGACGAUGAUGCACCUUUGGCAAGAUCCAUGGAGCCUGAAGUAACGAUAGAUGAAGCUGAAGAAGACACACUUGAGACCCAUAGUAAUAGACCAAAUGAUAAUGAACCAAAUGGUGAUGAACCAAAUGAUAAUCAACCAAACGAUAACAAACCAAAUGAUAGUAAAUCAUAUGUUGAUUCUGGCAUGUGUAAUGAUGAUUCCCAUGUUUGCACAAGUUGCUCACAAGCCUUUUCUAAUCAACAAGACUUAACAAACCAUGUUUGCGAAAAGAAGCCUUUUGUAUGCCCAACUUGCAAUAAAUCUUUCAUCACAAACUACCGUCUAGGUCGACACCUUCGUGUCCACACCGGAGAGCGCCCUUACAAAUGCACUGAAUGUGGUAAAUCCUACAACGAGUACACUAACCUCAAAGGACACAUGAGCGUGCACACCGGAGACUACGCUUACUCAUGCGAAAUCUGCGGUAAAAAAUUCACUCGUAGGUGGAAUUUAAAAUCCCACAUAGCCACUCACACCGGACAAAGGCCUUAUGAAUGUGACAAAUGUGAUAAAACUUUUAUCCAAGCGAGUAUUUUGAGGCGACACAUGAGAACACACACAGGAGAACGUCCUUAUGUUUGUGAAAUAUGCACUAAGUCUUUCAUGGUGAGGAAUGCUUUAAACGAGCACCGGUUUGUGCACAAUGGGGAACGCCCACAUCAGUGUAAUAAAUGUGAUAAAACAUUCACUCUAGCGAGUAAUUUAAAAGCACAUAUGGUCUACCACACUGGAGAACGCCCUUUUGUAUGUCAUAUUUGCGAUAAGGAUUUUGUGCAAUUGGGUAAUUUAAAAUCUCAUAUGGCUACUCAUACUGGGAAAAGACCCCAUAAGUGUAAUGUUUGUGAUAAGACGUUUAAGUUGAAAUGUAACCUGAAAGAACACAUGUUGAAACAUAAUGGACAUCUUCAUAAAUGUACGAUUUGUGAAGACACUUUUGCUAGUAGAAUGAAGUUGAAGAAACAUAUGGGGGAAACCCAUAAUGGGGAGUCAACUCAGCAGUGAUUGUUUAAUAGAUUUAUACAAUAAAGACAAUAAAUUAAUGUCAGCGAACAAAUUAUUGCAAAUACUAUAACAUAAUAUAUUAUGAUUCAAAUACAUUACAGCACUUUA